AGUGUGUGUGUGUGUGUGUUUGUGUGUCAAUGUUGUUGCUGCUGCCCUUCACUUCUUCUCCAUUGUCUGGGGCUGAGGCAGGUCGCGUUGCUGCUCCUCCUCCGCCGCCUCUUUCUGCUUGCUUUCCCCCGAGAAAGGCCCUUUCCCCGAGAGAGAAAUUUUAUGAAUAAGCAUCAGAAGCCGGUGCUAACAGGCCAACGGUUCAAAACUAGGAAGAGGGAUGAAAAGGAGAAAUUUGAACCCACAGUCUUCCGGGAUACAAUUGUCCAAGGCCUCAAUGAAGCUGGUGAUGACUUGGAAGCUGUAGCCAAAUUUCUGGAUGCAACAGGCUCACGGCUAGAUUAUCGCCGCUAUGCUGACACUCUCUUUGACAUCUUGAUAGCUGGCAGCAUGCUAGCCCCAGGAGGGACUCGAAUAGAUGACAAUGACAAGACGAAGAUGACCAAUCACUGUGUGUUUUCUGCAGAAGAAGAUCACGAUGCCCUCCGACAUUAUGCUCAGGUCUUCAAUAAACUCAUCAGGAGAUACAAAUAUUUGGAAAAGGCAUUUGAAGAUGAAAUUAAAAAGCUCCUGUUGUUCCUUAAAGCCUUUUCUGAAACGGAGCAGACAAAGUUGGCAAUGCUCACUGGGAUUUUGCUUGCCAAUGGGACACUUCCUUCUACCAUUUUAACAAGUCUUUUCACUGACAAUAUUGUCAAAGAAGGUAUUGCAGCCUCUUUUGCGGUCAAGCUUUUUAAAGCCUGGAUGCUAGAAAAAGAUGCCAAUUCAGUUACCUCCUCUUUAAGAAAAGCUAACUUAGACAAGAGGUUGCUAGAACUCUUUCCUCCCAACCGGCAAAAUGUGGAGCAUUUUGCCAAGUACUUCACUGAUGCUGGCCUCAAAGAGCUUUCAGAUUUCCUCCGAGUCCAGCAGUCCCUGGGCACUCGGAAAGAGCUACAAAAAGAACUCCAGGAACGUCUUUCUCAGGAAUGCCCCAUUAAAGAGAUGGUGCUUUAUGUAAAAGAAGAAAUGAAGAGGAAUGAUCUGCAAGAGCCAGCAGUGAUUGGACUCCUGUGGACCUGUAUAAUGAAUGCUGUUGAAUGGAACAAGAAAGAAGAGCUGGUUGCUGAGCAGGCACUUAAACAUUUAAAGCAAUAUGCACCUUUGCUGGCUGUUUUCAGCACCCAGGGCCAGUCAGAGCUGAUCCUUCUCCAGAAGGUUCAAGAAUACUGUUAUGAUAACAUCCACUUUAUGAAAGCCUUUCAGAAGAUUGUGGUGCUCUUUUAUAAAGCGGAUGUCCUAAGUGAAGAAGCCAUCUUGAAAUGGUAUAAAGAGGCACAUCUUGCUAAAGGCAAAAGUGUUUUCCUUGACCAGAUGAAGAAAUUUGUUGAGUGGCUACAGAAUGCUGAGGAAGAAUCUGAAUCAGAAGGGGAAGAAAAUCAAGAUGGCUGAAUGAAGCACAAAACUAAAGUCACGUCUGACUUGGAGGAUUUUGUACUGUCCACGUGAAAGACUCUUAUUUCAGUGUCAUGCCGAAAAUGCUAGGCUAGGCUUUCCUUUUGUUUAGAAAAAUAAAUUUUGGAGCCUUGAGAUGUUAGAUGCUGUACUUGAAACUCUCCAUUUGGUGCACUGUACACUAAUGUAGGCCAGGGACAUUCAGCAAGGGAACAUACAGGAAAACAGAAAUAAAUUACUUAAGGACUCCUUUUUAUUAGCAUCUUUCAGGUACUUUGGUGUCUGUCCAUAGGGUUGUUUGAUCUGUGCCUGUAGCUCAAUAUUGCUUGUGUAUGUGAUUUGACAUGGCCACAUUUUGGGGAAUUAAAUGGCUUUUAUAACUUAA